AUGAAAGACACGAAUAAUGAAGCGGCGGGCUCAGACAUAGGGCUGCAUGGUCAGGAACCGGCAUUGCACGUCAUAUGCCUGGGUAAUUCAGGCGGACCCAGUGAGGAGAAUGUGACGGCCUUCUUGGUACGCUCGAUAGGCAGCGAAUGGGCUAAAGGCUCGCUGCUGGCAGUAGAUGCUGGUUCACAUCUUGCGCCCAUAACCAGAAUCCUCGAACAGAGCUUCCCGAGCAUAAGCGGGGACAGGAGCAAGGCUGGCAGGGGCUCGAACGGAAGCCAUGCGUCGAAUGGGGAUGGCAUUAGUUUGCCUGGUCGGCUAGAAAGGGCAUCAUUAUCGCCAUCGCCUGCUGUGCCAGAAGACAACCCUCCCAAGCCAGAACCCACAAUCUUAAGCGAAGGACCAUUUGCUGGCCUAAAGUUUCCCAACGACUCAGCCCGUGCGAAUGCGCUGCAUGUCUUGCGGACUUAUAUUGCAACCUACCUAAUCACGCAUCCACACCUUGACCAUCUUUCGGGUUUUGCCAUCAACACAGCAGCUUUCCAUGCGACUUCACGACCCAAGACGCUGGCAGCACUGCCAAGCACAGUCAAUGCGAUCAAGGACCAUAUUUUCAACGAUGUUAUUUGGCCGAACUUGACCGACGAGGAUGGCGGUGUCGGCUUUGUCACAUUCCAGCGCUUGAAGGAAGGCGGCGAUGUCAUGAUCGGCGAAGGUGAAGGUAGAGGCUACAUUGAUGUUUGUGAUGGAUUGAGCGCGAGGGCGUUUAAGGUUUCGCAUGGGACAUGCACCAAAGGACCGCCGAGCCAUCACCAUCGGGGAAGCAUUCCAGGCAUACCAGAUGGCAGCCCGCCUUACAAUGGCUCCAUCGCGGGGACAUUACAAGACCUUGGAUCUACAGCAAUGAACAGGACGACGUCGUUUCCGCACUUGCAGUCAGGUCCUCCGACACCUGGUGUAUCGUCUCGGCAGAGCUUCUUCAACAGCCACCCUUCACCUGCGGUACAGGCGACCGAUCAGCAUCGUGCAUGUGUGGUGGACAGCACGGCUUUCUUCUUGCGUGACGAGUAUACACAACGGGAGGUGCUGAUCUUUGGUGAUGUCGAGCCGGACUCCAUAUCUCUAACGCCCCGAAAUCACAUCAUCUGGCAGGAAGCGGCGCGAAAGAUCGCACAUGGUGUGUUGGGUGGCAUUUUCAUCGAGUGCAGCUACGACGACAGCCAAGUAGAUGCUCUCCUUUUUGGUCAUCUCAACCCAAAGCACCUAAUCGCCGAGUUACAGUACCUCGGACGACAAGUCAACGAAGCCAAGUCCAUUCGCGAAGCGGAGAGGAACACCAAGAAACGGAAGCGUUCUGGUCCUAAUGGUCUGGACAACAUUGCUAAGAACGUGUUCCCAGAGAACGACCACCGCAAACGAAGCCGCAGCCUAGCGAAUCGAACAGUCUUCGCCGAUGACAGACGGCGCAGCAGCGCGCCCGACAACAGCACGACGAGUGCCCCGACGGAUGCCACGAAUCGCUAUCACCCCCAACUAGAUCAUGACAUGAUUUCGCCACAGAACACAUCUUUUCCGAGACCUGAUAGUGUUGUGGACAACAGUACCGGCAGCACUGCUCACCAUGAAAUGCCUCUUAGUGGCAUUAAGAUAUUGAUAAUUCACAUCAAAGAUACCCUUAAGGAUGGUCCGCACGUUAGCGAGACUAUCUUGACGCAAUUGAAAGAUUAUGAGGCACAACUUCAGGAGGAAGGACAGGGUUUGGGCUGCGAGUUUGUUAUCUCGCAAAGUGGGGAGAGCUACGUGUUUUGA